AUGGAGGUACUAGCUUACUCGUUCGUGUCUGGUUCCCGGCUCGUAACUGCACUGAGGCAAAAACAGCCUGACGCUUUUCCCUUUCAAACUCGCCGAACAAGGGCAGGUACUGUUUAUGCACUCGUGACAGACUGCGGAUUGAAUGGUAAGACCACUGGUCCACAGUCCAAAAAGCUAAGAAGAGUGGCGCUAGACCCGAUGCGCAAAGACAAAGAAUCUUCUGCCGUUUCUUCUAGACUCGGUUUGGUAGCUGUUAUCGGAAUACGUGAUCACGAUUGGAUAAGAAACAGUGGACUGUUAAGGAGAAUAUCCCCGUCCCCAUCUAGUGCACUGGACAUGUUGUUCCGAUCAACCGGACGGCGAUGA